AGAAAUGACUCAACUUUGAAACUCUUCCUGUGGAGUCAGAUUGUUGUCAAAAGUGUUGGGUUUAAGUUAUCGUCAAAAAUGAAGAAAGAGGGAAAGAGGAAGAGCUGAGCAAAUUUCCUAAACAGACUUUAGGACUUGAGUGUGGUUAAGUGUGGGCACAAGGCAAGACGUGUGGGGACCUCCAGAUCGGGUGCGGAAGGCUUCAGCUACAAUCUCAGGUUUGGGACGUUUAGCCAUGGAGUCUUUCUCUGCUGAGACCAAUUCCCCCAACCUCCACUCACAGCCCUGGAAUGAACCUGAAAUCAUUCUCUCCAUGGUCAUUCUCAGCUUCACUUUCUUACUGGGGUUGCCAGGCAACGGGCUGGUGCUGUGGGUGGCUGGUCUGAAGAUGCAACGGACGGUGAACACAGUCUGGUUUCUCCACCUCACCAUGGCUGACUUUCUCUGCUGUCUCUCCUUGCUCUCCCUGGUCCAUUUGGCUCUCCAAGGACACUGGCCCUAUGGCUGGUUCCUUUGCAAGCUCAUCCCCUCCAUUAUCAUCCUCAACAUGUUUGCCAGCGUCUUCCUGCUGACUGCCAUCAGCCUGGACCGCUGUCUUUUGGUACUCAAGCCAAUCUGGUGCCAGAAACAUCGCAGUGUGCGGACCGCCUUGAUGAUCUGUGGAUGUAUCUGGGCCAUGGCUUUUGUAAUGUGUAUACCUGUGUUCAUAUACCGGGAAACGUUCACCAUAGACAACCACACUACUUGUGGCUACAGUUUCUACGGCCCAAUAGAUUUUUCAGAAUUCACUUUUGAUCUCCUGGAAAACAGGUCUCUUAACAACUCCAUUGCUGAGCUGCCUGGAAACAUGGAUGAUAGAUUAGAUUCUUUCUCUCUACAAACCAAUGAUUAUCCUCACACCACUGGCCUCCAGUCUCAGGUAUCUCGAAGACCUUCUGGAGCUACACCUGCUGCAGAUUCAGCUAGAUCAUCUGCUCAACAUCCACAUUAUAAUUUAUUUAAACUUGCUGAUGAGCUUUCACCUGCAAUCCCCAGUGAGUUUCCCGUUGAAGAUCACAGAACUAAACCACUGGAUAAGGCCCAUACUUUAGAGUUUUUCUCUAGCGCCUCUGGUAAUUCCUUUUACACAUCCAAUCUAUCACCAGAUAUCCACGAUUUUGAUGAUUUAAGCCAAUUUGUCUACAGCCAUCAAGCACCAACACCCGAGGUAGUGAUAACCAUCACCAGGCUGGUGCUGGGUUUCCUGCUGCCUUUCAUUGUCAUGGUGGCCUGUUAUAGCCUCAUUAUCUUCCGAAUUCGUGGAAGCCGCUUCACCAAGUCUCGGAGCAAAUCCCUGAGAGUGGCUAUGGUGGUGGUGGUUGUUUUCCUCAUCUGCUGGGCUCCAUACCACAUUUUUGGAGUCCUGUUUUUGUUUGUUGACCCAGAGACUCCUUUGGGGGAAGCUCUGUCGUCCUGGGACCAUGUGUCCCUUGCUCUAGCCUCUGCCAAUAGUUGCUUCAAUCCCUUCCUCUAUGCCCUCCUGGGGAAAGAUAUCAGGAAUAAAGCAAGGCAGUCCAUGCAGGGAAUUCUGGAGGCAGCUUUCAGUGAGGACAUGACACACUCUACCAGCUGCUCCCAAAACAAAGUCUCUGUGUCAAAAACCAGUAUCAGUACAGUUGUAUGAAAAUAGGAAGCAGCCGACUCAAGCAGAAUUUCUUAGGGCUCCACCCAGUGCAACUUGUUUCUUUCUCUCUUUUUCUUUUUUUAGCUUUUUAGGGCCACAGCCGUGUGUCAUGUGGAGGUUCCCAGGCUAGGGGUCAAAUUGGAGCUGCAGCUGCCGACCUACACCAAAGGCACAGCAACACCAGAUCCAAGCCACACCUUCAACCUACACCACAACUCAAGGCAACAUCAGAUCCUUAACCCACUGAUCAAGGCCAGGGGUUGAACCUGCAUCCUCAUGGAUGCGAGUCAGAUUUGUUUCUGCUGAGCUAUGCUGGGAACUCCCAGUGCAGCUCGCUUCGAAAAAAGAUGAGAGAUAGAGGAGAGCAGAGGAUUUCAGAAACAGACUCAAUCCAGAGAUUUUUGAAGUGUGGCCCCAGGCUGGUGGCAUUAGCAUCUUCUGGAAAGUAGUUAGAAAUUCAAAUUCCUGAACCCCACCCCAACUUGCUGAAUCAGAAUCUGAGGUGGGGGAGGGGCAAACAUUGUUUUCACAAGCUCUCUCCUUUCUGAUGAAUGCUAAAUUUGGGAAUCUUUGUAAAAAUUGGUCUGCCUCCCUCUGAAACAAAGCCAUGUGAGAUAAGCAAAGAUGCGGUCUGUUUUAAAAUGUUUCCGUCAUUGGAUUUUUUUCUAAAUUCCUUCCCAGAUUCAAUUUAAAACCAUUUCUUCUAGUCCUACCUGAGUUAAAGCUGAUCAUUUAUUCUAGGGCUUUUUUGUGGUGGUGGUGGUGGUGGUGGUGGUAGUGGUGAUGGUUUUAAAUGGAAAAAAAAAAGGUGCAGAAAGAAAAAGGCUAUGAAAACAAGGAGUUAUGAGACUGAAUCUGGAGCAGAGUACAAUGCCAGAUGCCUGCUAGUUGGAAUACUCCUGGAUACAUGGGCAUAGGAAUCCUGAGUUUCCAUUAUAACAACUAAAUAAGCACCUAUCGUGUAAAGACAGACUUCUCAGGAAUCUGAAUACUUUCUCUUGAAACCAUAUGUAAGCCUAGGUUUGCAGAGUUCUCUGUUUACCCUACCUGCCUAAGGAUGCUAUCACCUGUCUUUCCUUCCUUUUCUUAAGUUCCUUAAUUCCUUUAUUCUUCCUCUACCUCUAAAUCUCCUUCCAGACUUUAUGCCUCUAAUAACCAAUAGUUUCAUAAGAUGCUACUCCCUUCCUCUCAAUCCAAAUUAGUAUUUCCAAAAAAACUCAUUUCAAAUGCAAGGAGAAAGAGGGCAGAGGACACAGCAGCAAUUCUUGAAUUGACAGCAAAAUAACUGAGUACCCUCUAGGCACCCCAUCCAACUUUUAAAAACAUGAUUAUAGGUGAGUAUCUUUCACACCCAAAUUACCAGAUUUAUCUUUGGGUUGUUGUUGUUUUUUUACAUCUUUAUCUCUACCAAAGUAAUACAUGCACAUGGUUUAAAGAGAAUUCAGGAGGUCCUGCUGUGGCUCAGCGGGUUAAGAACACAACGUAGUCUCUGUGAGGAUGCAGGUUCGAUCCCUGGCUUCGCUCAGUGGGUUAAGGAUCUGGCAUUGCUGCGAGCUGUGGUCGCAGACACAGCUCAGAUCCAGCGUUGCUGUGGCUGUGGAGUAGGCUGGGAGCUGCAGCUCUGAUUCAACCCCUAGCCCGGGGAACUUCCAUAUGCGGUGGGUGCAGCCCUAAAAAAAUAAAAAAUAAAAAUAAAUAAAGAGAAUUCAAGGCUUACAGUGAAAUCUAAGAGGUUUCCCGCUCCACUCUGCCCAGCCCCUCCUUCUUCCCCCUUCCACUUCCCACAGAUAACCCCUGUGGCCAUUUUAGAUGUUUCUUCUGAUAUGCACCGUGAUAUCUCCAAGUCAUGGCCUUAGGCUGUUAGUUUUCGGAGCCAUUAUAAAAUGACUUCUUGUUUUGAACGAUGAAGAGUUUUGUCCAAACAUAUUCAUACGUGCUGUUUAGUCAGCUUCCCGGUAUUCAUUAACCAUUAUCCUUUCAUUUGUUCAUGAUCACACAUUUCUUCUAGCACGUCGCUCCAUUCCAACGGUCCAUCUCUCCUUUUUUAAAAAUGUUGUGCAACUCCCAAUCACCUUCUCAUUUUGCUCUGUAUAUAAAGUUGCAUGUGUUAAACCUCUAAAUUUGCACAUUCAUUGGUACUAAACAUAGCCUCGUCUAAGCAGAGUACAGUGAUUUAUCUGAAAAAUAGAAAAUGAACUGUUUUAGACUUGCAAGCCACUGUCAUUUGGUCAGUGAUUUUGAGGGGAGGGUCUGGACUCCAAAGAAAUUAAAAAGUAGUAUGUAGAAAAAGCUUGUCACUAGGAAUUCUUUCAGUUGUGCAGUAAUAAUAUCUGAUAUGAUGUGAAAUUUGCUAUGACACCUUCCAGUUUAAUCUGUGUGUAUAUUUGAUGUGAAUAAAUGCUUUCUUUCUCCUUGCAAAG